AUGGGUAAUGCUCCAGCCAAACUUGGCGAUGGAAGUUAUGGCAAUGAUGCAACAGCGAACUCUAGAGGCGGUUCCGGCAAAGCAGUGAGCAGUUCAAGCACUGGAGCAGGUGGCAGAAUAACGUUUUCGAACGCAGAAUACAACAGUGCAAGAACCCGGCGUGGUACUUCCUUAGUCGGAAGCAUUCUGGGUCCCGGUGGGGGCUCAAGAGCCGGCUCCGAAGCUGGACAGUCAGAGAAAAGGAGGUCAACCCGAGAAAGAGAAGAGACUAAGGAGAGUCAUGCCAGACAAUUGGUGACGAAAUUUGAACAGACAGUGGAUGGCGGAUUUUUGGCUCCAUACGGCUGUUAUGGAUUCGAAAAACUCGACUACGAUGCCGAUGUGGUUAAGACGCUAAUUAUUGAUAGACAGCUUGCGCCAUUUUACCUGCCCCUGCAGGACUUCAACGAAUCGUGGACAAGGGAGGAGCUUAUCAAGAUUGUUGAUGGGUUGCCGCUGCAUGCUGCGUUUGAUGAGAACCUGGAGAAGUACGAAGAUAUACCUGUGGGAAACCUAAGGAAACAAAACUUUGACGGACUGAUUGACAAGACGCUGUCGAAGAGAGAGCAACGUCGGAUGCGUUCUAAGAUAUUCAAGGCGAGAUUGUACAGGAAACGGAUAAUCUGGCAAGAGGUAGAGAAUGAAGCGUUCUUGGAGCAGAAAAUCGAAGCAAGGAAAACCAACUCUAAGGCUAAAGAUAAAGCAAUGCUUCCCAGUGAUGACUUGAAAUAUUCCUUAUACAAGAAGGGGAUAGAGUGCCCCAUUUGUUUUCUUUACUACCCUGAGCCUUUGAACUACUCAAGUUGUUGUCAACAGCCGAUUUGCACAGAGUGUUUUGUUCAGAUAAAGAGAGCCGAACCCCAUUUUCCCCACGAUGAAGUAGACCCUGCACAGCCUGUUACCCAUGAUGAGGAGAAGGAUCCAAAUUUGUUGACGUCGGAGGCAGCGAAUUGUGCCUACUGUGCAACACCCAACUUCGGAGUCAUAUACAGGCCCAGGGAGGACAGGAAAGUCGGAAUCGGUGGCUCAGAGCCCUCAACAUACACACUGCCCGAGCAAUUAGAAGACAGCAACGUCGAGCAGCGGGCAGCAGGAAACGGUCCCAAGCACAAGCCGCUUGUUGUCGCCUCGGAUAUGAUUCGCCCUGACUGGAAAAUGAAGCUUGACAAAGAGAGAGCGCGAUUGGCAAAGAGAUCGGCGAACGCUACCGCCAUCCAUGUGAGCCACAGACUAAUCGAUCCAGAUCACCCCUCCAGACGAGCUUCCGCGGCAGACAACUCCAAUGGCAGGACGCAAUCUUCCGACUGGAGAGACAUCCACGAUCUCGAAGAAGAGAUGCUUGAGAGAGCCAUCAGACUCAGUAUCGCGGAUCAAAACGAGAAAAGCAAGGCAUAG